AAUGUAGGGAGUUGCAGAUUAGUAUUUGUACCUGAACAGGUGUCCGGCAUCUCUAAUAAAAUAAUAAUGUGUGCCUGAAGAAGUAAUCAUAUUUAAUGAUAUAUAUGCUGCAAUUCCAGUUGUCCAAUGCAUCUCAGAAUUGCGUUUUCUAUCAUAAGCAUUUAAAAUGAGAUCCUGAGUGGUUGUGCCUGGCUGGUCACCACCUAACUCUAUUCAUUAGAUAAAUCCUUCCCGUUCUAAAUUAACAAGAAAACUUGUAGAGACCAAGGCUUCAUGCAGUGAACCUGCUCAUCAACAUGCAUUAAAAAACCCACAAGCUUCAAGCAUGAAUAUUCGGAGAAAAGGCUUUUUUCGAGUGGACCACGCAAGAGGUUCGCAGAUGCAGUGGGCUUUCUCAAACAAGGUUUCUGGCUCUUCUCAGCUCCUAUCUUUCAAGGCCUUUGAAGAGGAGAGGCCAAAGAAAGUUAUCCCUGAUUCGCAAGCAUCUUCUGGAUCUAUGAACACACAAGUCCCAGAUGUUUCGAACUCUAAGUGGAAACUGCAAUCAAGAGAGCCCCAGACGAGCAUAAUCGUUGACAAGAAAGCACAGGAAAGAUGUGCUCCGACAAUCUACCCACAGCAACACCUUAAUGGGAUUUCGGUCCAUUAUCCCCAAGAAGUAAAGAUAUACUCGGGAUCUAAUAGACCAAAUAAGACUGCCUCUCUUCCUUUUAAAAGUCCCGUUCUUCAGGCCAAUUUUUCCUCGGUUAGGGAGAAUAUGGUUUGUUCUCCGGUGAACUCACAACCUGUAGGCGGAGUUCUGGGUCUACCUCCUGUUUCUUUGCUUCCAUCCACGAGUUCGACCGUCGGUUAUACUGACUAUAGGAGAGCUUCAAAACACCCUGAGAUGCCUGCUCAGAUGACAAUCUUUUAUGCCGGGUCUGUGAAUGUUUAUGAUGAUGUAUCUCCAGAGAAGGCUCAGGCUAUUAUGUUAUUGGCCGGUAAUGGCCCUCCUUUGACUCACAGUAAGACUCUUGCCACAACUCAGGGUCAGGGUCAGGAUCAAGGAGCAAUAUCAAGAAUUAGUACAGAUAACUCUUCAAGGGGAAAUCAGCCUCAGAAUAUUUCAGCAUUAUUGGGACUUCCGAACCUCGUGUCUGUGACCUCUCAAUCUGGAUCUCCAUCAGGAGGAAAAUCUACAUUUGACAAUGACACGAUGACAAUGAAACCACUAGGAUCUUUUGCUUGUCCUGUUAACAUAUCAGAGACCUCCAAAGUUGUUACGCCCAUCGGACAUGGUGCAGCAUCUUUAUUGUCAACUGUUGCUUUGCCUCAGGCUCGUAAGGCGUCUUUGGCUCGAUUUCUAGAGAAGCGCAAGGAACGGGUGAUAAGCUCAUCCCCUUAUGCCGUGGACAAGAAAUCGCCAGCCUGUAGCACCAGCACGUCUAGCGAAAUUAGCUUUUCCAUCCUCAACUCAUCUGCUCCUUGUCCACAGUCAGCGGCCAAAUAGAAACUUCUGAUGGAAAUUUUGCUUACUAUAAUAUGGAGAAAGCUGAAGCAGUCACCUUUGAUCGGAGCUCAUCGUUCUCGCCAACGAGUGGUCGAUCAGGAGCCAUUCAGCUUCUCAUUGUUGCAGCUUUAAUAUUUUGUAUCCCCCAGUAGCGGAAUAAUCCAUUCUAUUCGCCUAGAUUGCGAAAAACUCGGCGUAACUUAUCGCCAAACGAGUCGCUGUACAUCUCUAGAAUUCAUAAUUUGGAGAGGAAUCCAAUUCAUCUGAUUCUUCC